AUGCCACCUCCUCUCCUCUUCCUCCUCCUCUUCCUUACCCCUGUGGGGGUCAGACCCGAGGAUCCACGCCUAGUGGAGGCUAAAGAGGGAGGCAACGCUGUGCUGCCAUGCCUCGAAGCUUCCUCGGCUGGUCCCCCUGAACAACUGGCCUGGUUUCGGGGCUCCCAAUCAACACCCUUCUUAGCGUUGACCCUAGGGUUACCAGGCCUGGGCAUCCAUGUGGGGCCUCUGGGCACCCUGAAGGAGCCCCAGGGAACCAUGCUGUUCCUCUUCAAUGUCUCCAAACAUAUGGGGGGCUUCUACCUGUGCCAGCCAGACCCACCUUCUGAGCAGGGCUGGCAGCCCGGCUGGACGGUCAGCGUGCAGGGCAGCGGGAAACUGUUCCGGUGGAAUGCUUCAGACCUCAAUUACCCGAGCUGUGACCUGGGGAAGGGCCCCAGGCCCACUUCUGGUCACCCCACAAAGUCCCAGCUGCAUGUGUGGGGCAGGGACCACUUUAAGGAGAUCUCACACACAGACCGGGCCUGUGCUCCACCUAACAGCACAUUGAACCAGAGUGACAACCGUGACCUCACUGUGGCCCCGGGCUCCACGCUCUUGCUAUCCUGUGGGGCCUCCCGUACCUCCCUGGUCAGAGGCUCCGUCUCCUGGAUCCACAAGCAUCCCAUGAAGCCUGAGGUCAAAUUGCUGAGCCUAUAUGUGAGCAAAUAUGCCCAGCUCAGAGAGAUGUGGGUCAUGGGCACCCUUGGGGGAAAGGUGGUUCUGUUACUGCCCGAAGCUACAGCUCGAGAUGCUGACAUCUAUCGUUGUAACCACGGCAACAAGACCACCCAGAUGCAGCUGAAGGUCACUGCCCAGUCAGUAUGGCAUUGGCUGCUGGAGACUGGUGCCUGGAAAGUCCCUGUUGUGACUUUAAUUUAUCUGAUCUUCUGCCUGACUUCCCUGGUGGGUUUUCUUUAUCUUCGAAGAGCCCUGAUCCUGAGGAGGAAAAGAAAGCGAAUGACAGAUCCCACUAGAAGGUUCUUCAAAGUGACGCCUCCCCCGGGAAACGGGGCCAACAGCCAGUACGGAAACAUGCUUUCCCUCUCCAUGCCCCACUCUGGCACGGGACGCGCCCUGCGGUGGGCUGCGGGCCUCGGAGCCGCCGCGCCGUCCUAUGGAAACCCGCGCAGCGACGUCCAGGAGGCCAGAGCCGCGGGGUCCCGGAGCCCGCCAGGAACUGGCCCAGAAGAAGAGGAAGGGGAGGCCUACGAGGAGCCGGACAGUGAAGAGGGCUCCGAGUUUUAUGAGAACGACUCCAACCUUGGGCAGGACCAACUCUCCCAAGAUGGCAGCGGCUAUGAGAACCCUGAGGACGGGAGUUUGGAUCCUCAGGAUGAAGACUCCUUCUCUAACGGAGCUGAGUCUUAUGAGAAUGAAGAUGAAGAACUGGCCCCGACCGUCACCAGGACAACAGACUUGCUGAGCCCCCAUGGAUCAGCCUGGGACCCCAGCAGGGAGGCAACCUCCCUCGGGUCCCAAUCCUAUGAGGAUAUGAGAGGGAUCUUAUAUGCAGCUCCCCAGCUCCGCUUCGUUCGCGCCCAGCCUGGUGCCAAUCAUGAGGAAGAUGCAGACUCUUAUGAGAACAUGGAUAAUCCCGAUGGACCAGAACCGGCAUGGGGAGGAGGGGCUCGAAUAGGGUGGAGCACAAGGUGAUUCCCUUCAGCACUGGGAAAAUUCUGUCCUGCAUUUGAGCUCAGGGACCGUUGUCAGUUGAAGACACUCAUCAUCAAUUACAGGAAGAACUGUUAGUUAC